AUGGCCUCCGCAGUGGCCCGCAAAGCUCCAGCUUUCAAGCUCGGACAAAAACAAGUCUUCCUCCCCAACCAUGUCAUAACGCUCAUCCGCAAAGACAACCAGCCUCCCGACUGGGCCACCUUCCAAGUCCCCCUCCGCUUCACAAAGUUCGACCUCCGCGAUUACCUCUGGAACCUCUACAAUGUCGAAGUGACGGCCGUGCGGUCCUUCGUGCGCCGCCAGGUAGCCCCCAUUAAGAACGACGCUGGCCGCUACGUGCGCCCGCCGGCGGAGAAGUACAUGACGGUCGAGAUGACGAAGCCCUUCGUGUGGCCCGAGGUGCCCAAGGACCUAUCCCCCUGGGACGCGGCGCUGUAUAAGCAGCGCGAGAAGAUGCUUGCGGAUCAGGACAGGCUCCGGAAGGAGCGGUACAAGGGGAAUAUCCCGCUAGCUAGCGACGGGCCGCUGACGCAGGAGGAGAAGAAGUAUAGGGCGUUGGCGAGGGAGCUGUUGGAGGGUAAGAAGAAGUGGGAGAAUGGCGUGGCUUUGGACGUGAAGUGGGACAGUGUGGCGCCGAAGGCGAAGGAAUCGGCGACGAGCGAGACGCAAGGAAAAGAGGAGGAGAAACAAGAGGAGGCGGCGAAGACGAAAGAAUAA